CCAAGUGGGAUCAUGUUCUGAAACAACUCAAACGACCAUUUUCAAAUUCCUUCUCCAAGAGAAACGUAUUGAAACGUUCGAGUGAUAUAUCUUCGAAGUGGAUCGGAUUUUCUAUCCGCCAAUCAAAAAGAAAAACCGGCAAUUAUCAUGAACAUCGAUGAGUUUCAAGUACGUGGCAAGGAGAUGAUCGAGUAUAUUUGCGAGUAUCUCCGCACCUUGGAGGGAAAGAGGGUGACGGCGAACGUGGAUCCAGGGUAUCUAAGGCCCCUACUUCCCAAAGAAGCUCCAGCGAAAGGGGAAUCAUGGGAUGCCAUAAUGAGGGACGUCGACAGCAAAAUAAUGCCCGGGAUCACACACUGGCAGCAUCCACGUUUUCACGCGUACUUUCCAGCGGGUAACUCGUUCCCUUCGAUCCUCGGGGACAUGCUGUCGGACGCAAUCGGGUGCAUAGGUUUCUCUUGGGCGGCGAGCCCGGCCUGCACGGAACUGGAAACGAUCGUACUCGACUGGUACGCAAAAGCGAUAGACCUACCAGCGGAGUUCCUAGCUGAACACAAAAGCUCGAAAGGUGGUGGAGUGAUACAAGGGUCAGCCUCCGAGUGUAUUCUGGUCACCAUGCUUGCGGCACGUACCCAAGCGAUUCGAACCUUGAAGGAGCAAGACCCGAACACCGAGGACUCGGCCUUUCUACCACGGUUGGUCGCCUAUUGUUCCACAGAAGCUCAUUCCUGCGUCGAAAAGGCAGCGAUGAUCAGUUUGGUGAAGCUUCGAGUUCUUGAACCAGAUGAAAAAGGUUCCUUGCGAGGUAAGCGACUGGAAUCUGCGAUCCGCGAAGACGUGGCAAACGGUUUGGUUCCGUUUUAUGUCUCCACCACACUUGGCACUACCGGAUCCUGUGCGUUCGAUAAUUUAGUCGAAAUCGGACCAGUGUGCAAACUGUAUCCUAACAUGUGGCUCCACGUGGACGGUGCUUACGCUGGGAACGCGUUCAUUUGCCCGGAAAUGAGGCCGUUGAUGACGGGUAUCGAGCACGCAGACUCGUUCAACACGAAUCCCAACAAGUGGUUGCUCGUUAAUUUCGACUGUUCCUGCCUUUGGGUACGGGAUCGAGUGAAGCUCACGUCGGCGCUCGUCGUCGAUCCAUUGUACCUUCAGCACGCUAGAUCCGGAGAAUCUAUCGAUUAUCGUCACUGGGGAAUUCCUUUGAGCAGACGAUUCAGAGCGUUGAAAUUGUGGUUCGUGAUGAGAUCGUAUGGAAUUACAGGAUUGCAGAAGUACAUAAGGAACCAUAUCAGGCUGGCGAGACGGUUCGAGACUCUGAUGAGAAGGGACAAAAGAUUCGAGAUCACUAACGAUGUGAGAGUUGGUCUGGUCUGCUUCAGACUGAAGGAGAGCGAUGAGAUCAAUCAGGAAUUGUUGGCGAAUAUUAAUGCAUCCGGCAGACUUCAUAUGAUCCCAGCCAGAGUCAUGGGAAAGUAUAUCUUGAGAUUCUGCGUGAUCAAGGAAAAUGCUACUGACGAUGAUAUCGAUUAUGCCGUGGACGUGAUCGAAGAACACGCGACGGAGGUGAUGCUCGCUCAUUACGAAGGAACAGAAGACGAAUUUAGGGCGAAGGGACCAAAGAGUCCCGCUGCAUUGGACAAAAAGCUGGUACGAAAGUUCAGCUUCACCAGGAGCGUGACGAGGGACGUUUACAAAAGAUCCAUUUCGAAAUCGAGUCUCCACGACGGUGCUACGCCCAUCAUGGUCGUCGAUGAUAACUCGCAGGUCGAUACCAUUGAGGAAGACGUGUUCUGCAACAGCAGGUCGUGACGAUCCCGAUGAUGAUAUCCAGAUGAUUCGUGAAUUAUGUGAUAGGAAUGCCUCUCGAAACCGGCCGGUCUUGUUUGGAAUAUCACAACUCCGUUCAUCAUAUCGUUGUUUUUUAGGGAACGAGCAAAUCUUGCGACCGAGAUAAGUUUCCUUCGAAUUACGAUAAACUGGAAAUUUCGUCCGAUAGAAACGAUUCUGAAGGUAUUUAUCGAGAGUGAUCGAUGAAGAAAGUCUGAAGGGUGUUGUCGAUCUAGUGCAUUGCACACUGGUCAUCGUUUGAGACAUUGAUACAUUCUAUUUAUUGAAGUUUACUGGAAACCAUUUUUCGAGAUGUUGGUAAAUCGUUUGGGAAUUUGCCUUUCUACGCACGAUUUUAUGCAACGUAAGUGCAACUGGAAUUUAUUUUCAUAUUUAUUCCGCAACCAACCAAAGCAAGAGAUUAUGUGCUGACGAGAAUAAUUGUUCGAAUAAACUGUACUAGUUUUGCAAUUGAGAAACGAUAUAAUAAACGUGCCCGAUAAAAUAGAAGAGAAAUAAUUGUUCGUAGUAUAAGCAAUUUAUCGAUUCGUGUAACAAUUCAGAGCAUAUUAAAAAGGAAAAAAAUGAAUAUGUAGCUAGGCAGAAAUAAGACUCACUGUUAAGUACAUCGAUUGUCUCUUAGGCUAUUAAUAGAUAUAAUAUUAAAUUAUUCCAUGAACGAAUUAUGUACGAAUAAAGGAUAGUUCUCGAUUAGAUUACUGUAAAUUAGAUACGAAAUGAAGACCUAAAUAUUUACGGUUGGAAUUUUGUCAGUCGACGCUGAUCAUAGUGUUAGAUAAUACACACAUUACACGUGUUUACUUUGGGUGUUUUACUUCUGAGAAGACCGAUUCGAGUUGUAAGUCGCAUUGAUAUUUCAAACGUGUUUGGAUUUUUAUCCAAUCCAAUACAAUGUAGAUUAUAUUAAUGACUAUUUAUUUCGUAUGUAAGUUUAACGGAAUAAAAUUGAAAUUCGUAAAACGA